AUGGCUGAAAAGAAAGUUCAACAUAGCUGGGUGGAUGCACCGGGUUUAAUACUCAUGUGGGGUGGAGGUGAUAGGUUCGAUCCUUGUAGUCCUCAAAAAGUGUCACAUGUGGGAAAAUUUUCCAUGGAAACCUCUAUGGGGAGUGUGUUUGCCCUGCCUCUAGGAGUCGACGACGGUUUCAAAAACGGGAUGAGGCGGUACCAGUACCUAGCAUUGGCAGGACGUUACAACCAACAAAACCAAAACCACCCACAACAGUAUUACCCAAUGCAACAAUCUUACAACACAUUUAAGCUUAAGGAAAAUCAGAGUUAUAAUCCAUGGAAUCAGUUUUCGCAAAGGGUUCCAGAAACUCAAUUCCAAUCUUCUCAAGCUGCGAAUUUCCAGUUUCAUGAUGCUCAAAACAUAGAAUCUGACAGUUCUAGUGACGACCCAUCUCCCCAAAGAAACAGAGAAGAAACCAGUGAGGAUUUGCAACCCGUUGCUGAGAAAAAACGCAACUAUACACACCGACAGAAGCGAAAGAAAUAG